AUGUACACAUCCGCACUCCUCCUCGGCGCCAUCGCUGUCCUUCUCGACACAGCAUCCGCCCACGGCUUCGUCAAAGGUGUCAACGUAAAGGGCACUUUCACCAACGGUUCCGACCCCGUGUGGUACUACUUCUCCAAAGACAGCCGCCCCCAAACCGCAGGCUGGGACGCAUUGAACCAAGACAUCGGUUUCGUCGAGCCCGCAUCCGUCGGCACAGCAGAUGUGAACUGCCACAAGAGUGCCACUGCAGGACGUCUCUACGCUAACGUCAACGCCGGGGAUACCAUUGAGUUUGAGUGGAACACUUGGCCUGAUAGUCAUAAGGGCCCGAUCAUCAACUACAUCGCGCCUUGCAACGGCGAUUGCACCACUCUAACCCCCAGUGCUCUCCGCUGGUCCAAGAUCUCUCAAUCUGCCAUCGUCAGCCCUGGAACUUGGGUUACAGACACGCUCAUCAAGAACAAGUUCAAGGUCUCCACUGUUCUUCCCGCCAAACUUGCUCCUGGCAACUACGUUAUCCGUCAUGAGAUCAUUGCUCUUCACGGUGGGCAGAACGUGAAUGGCGCGCAGUUGUACCCCCAGUGCUUGAACCUCAAGGUCGGUGGUAGCGGCUCUGUUGCACCGACGGCUGGCGUUCCUGGUACCAGCUUGUACACAAAGGACAUGCCGGGUAUCGUGUUCAACAUCUACACCAAUCCUACGACUUACACGUUCCCUGGUCCGGCGCUGUGGACUGCUGCUAACUAG